UGCCAAAUCUCUUUCGCUUUUUAAAUUCCACAAUUUUAUCGUCCGCCUUCUCAAGCAGCAGGCCGCCUUGCCCCGCCGCCGCGCGCGCGCCGAUGGAUCGGGAAGAAGUGACGGAGUUCCUGGGCCAGGUGCCCCUCCUGCAGUGCCUCCCCGGAUCCUCCAUCCGCAGGAUCGCCGAGGCCGUCCAGCUCAGGCACUACGAAUCUGGUGAUUACAUUGCUCGUGAAGGUGAACCCGUAGAUGGCCUUUGCAUCAUAUUGGAUGGACAGGCUGAAGUUUCUGCUCCAGCAAACACAGAAGAAGAAAACCGCCCAGACUACGUGUUAAAUAAGUAUGACUACUUUGGUUAUGGGACCAAUAGUUCUGUCCAUCAAGUAAAUGUUACUGCAGUAACAAAGCUGACCUGCUUUGUAUUGCCAAGUCAAUACGGACACCUGUUGCAAACAAAGACAAUUUGGAAUGCAGAGGAGGCACCUGAAAACCAUUCUUUGCUGGAACAAAUUUUGCACUUGGAGAAAUUAGAGGUUGAUAUAUUCCGUGGGUUAACUUUGCCUGAAGCUCCACAAUUUAGGCAAGUUUUUGGAGGACAAUUGAUUGGACAGGCACUAGCAGCAGCAUCCAAGACUGUCGAUUGCCUGAAACUUGUGCAUAGUUUGCAUGCAAUUUUUCUUAUUGCAGGGGACAAUAAUAUGCCAAUAAUAUAUCAGGUAAAUCGGGAGCGUGAUGGAACCAGCUUUGCCACCAGAAAAGUGGAGGCAAAGCAGAAAGGCCUUGUCAUAUUCACUUUAAUUGUUUCUUUCCAGAAGGAAGAACUAGGGUUUGAGCAUCAAGCUGCAAUCAUGCCUGCUGUUCCUCCUCCAGAACAGCUCCUGAAUAUGGAAGAGAUACGAGAAAGAAGACUCACUGAUCCACGGUUUCCAAUGCAAUAUAGGAACUUGGCUGCCAAGAAGAAGUUUGUUCCUUGGCCCAUUGAAAUGAGGUUCUGCCAAGAUUCUGGGUCUCAGCAUAAACCAAGUCUGUAUUAUUGGUUUAAAGCUAGAGGAAAACUUUCGGAUGAUCCAGCUCUUCAUAGAUGUGUUGUAGCAUAUGCUUCCGAUCUACUAUAUUCAGGGGUCAGCCUAAAUCCGCACCGGGAGAGGGGUUUGAAGACAUACUCUCUCAGUCUUGAUCACUCGAUGUGGUUCCACAAGCCCGUGAAAGCUGAUGACUGGUUGUUAUAUGUGAUUGACAGCCCAUCUGCACACGGUGGUAGGGGAUUCGUUACUGGAAGAAUGUUCAACCGGCAAGGAGAGCUUGUCGUGUCCCUGACCCAAGAGGCAUUGAUUAGAAGAGCUAAGACACCUGGACAAACCCCAAGGCCAAAGCUUUGAGAAGUGCAGAAGAGCUGUGCCUGGACGAUCUUUGCUCCUUUUGCCCCCUUGUUCGACCUGCGGUGCUGUUUGAUAUUAUUUUUGAUAUAGUACGUGUAACACGUUGAGCCAAGAUGCAGCAUAUGAUAUAUUAGUAAUCUGAAAGGGUGAGAGAGCAGUGAAAGUUAUGUGACUUACAUCUGAAAUUUAGGAAUACCAGACAUGACACAGUUGUAAUCUUUGAAAAGUCUUUUGGGCUCAUAAAAAAAAGUGAAAUAUAUUUAUAACUGACA